GCUGGGCACGGCGGCGGCGGCGGGCGUAGCGACCGAGUGCGCUGCUGGUCCAGGCGCGCGCUUCGCUGACCACCCUCUCCCGCGGGCCGAUUGCUGCGGAGCCGGCGCCAUGUCCGUGAGCGAGAUCUUCGUGGAGCUGCAGGGCUUUCUGGCUGCCGAGCAGGACAUCCGAGAGGAAAUCCGAAAAGUUGUUCAGAGCUUAGAACAAACAGCUCGGGAGAUUUUAACUCUACUGCAAGGGGUCCAUCAGGGUGCUGGAUUUCAGGACAUUCCAAAGAGAUGUUUGAAAGCUCGAGAACAUUUUGGUACAGUAAAAACACAUCUAACAUCUUUGAAGACCAAGUUCCCUGCUGAACAGUAUUACAGAUUCCAUGAGCACUGGAGGUUUGUGUUGCAGCGCUUGGUCUUCUUGGCAGCAUUUGUUGUGUACUUGGAAUCAGAAACACUAGUGACACGAGAAGCAGUUACAGAAAUUCUUGGCAUUGAGCCAGAUCGGGAGAAAGGAUUUCAUCUGGAUGUUGAAGAUUAUCUCUCAGGAGUUCUAAUUCUUGCUAGUGAAUUGUCAAGGCUGUCUGUCAACAGUGUGACUGCUGGAGACUACUCCCGACCCCUUCAUAUCUCCACCUUCAUCAAUGAGCUGGAUUCUGGUUUCCGCCUUCUCAACUUGAAAAACGACUCUCUGAGAAAGCGCUAUGAUGGCUUGAAGUACGACGUGAAGAAAGUAGAGGAGGUGGUCUAUGAUCUGUCCAUCCGUGGCUUCAAUAAGGAGACAGCAGCAGCUUGUGUAGAGAAAUAGGCUCUCCCUGUACCUGACCCUGCUGACCCCUGUGGUUGCCAGUGAGGGUGAGCACUGUGCCUCUCACAGUAGUUAGGAUGCCCGUUGCUAAACACCGCGCUCGCUUUACUUUCUUAACCAGUUGUGUGGUGUGAGUAUCAGAAUUGAAACACUUUUGGGAAGGGUACAAGAAUAGCCUUUACAAGGACAGAUUUUUCUUUAUUCAGUGAAUUUGCUCUGUACUUUAGUGUAUUUCAGUUCUGUCAGAAGUGUAAAUGUCAAUCUCUUGGUAAAAUCUUUUUCAUGCUUACCCUAAUGCUGUUGAUGUACUGAUUGACAGUUUAUUGUCUUGUUUGUGAUUCUUCCAGAGCUAUCCUUGAUGUUUUCUAUAUCCAAAUUAGCCAUCCAUACCCAGGUGUGACCUGGUUACAGUAUAAAAUUACAUAAUUAAAAGGGAUGGUUGCCAAGCAA